ACGAAUCUAGUCUGGCCAUAUGUCUUGCUGAAUCUAUAAAAGGUUUAAACCAAGAUGAUCAGAAAAUAAGUUACAAUGUUGGAUUAGAAGUUACUACUAAACAACAACAAGAAGCUUGUGAAUUAUUAGUCAAGAACCAUGACGUCUUUGCUACAGAUAUAUCAGAAGAUGAACAGACUAUAGGAUUGAGAUGUACUAAUAUAGUCCAACACUAUAUUAAUACAGGGGAUGUGGUGCCAAUUAAACAGAAGCCAUAUCGAAUUCCUCUGGACGCACAAGAAUUUCUACAAAAAGAGAUAUUGAAAAUAAAGAAAUUAGGUGUAAUUCAAGCUGUAGAAGAACCUUGGAGAUCACUGGUAGUUAUAGUUCCUAAGAAAAAUGGGAAAAAGAGGAUUA